AUGCGCAGACCGGGGCCAGGCGGUGGCGGUGCAGGCGGUUUCGCGGCUGCGCGGGCUGCGGGCGGGGGACGGACCGGCGCGUGCUGGUGGCGGCGGAGGUGGCGAAGUCCCGGCCCGCGCCGUGGCGCCCCCGCUGGCCGAGCGGCCUGGCUGUGGGCUUGGUGCGCAGCGAUGGCGCGGCCGCUCCGGCAGAGCCCGGGGGCCUGGCUGCCGCUGCUCUCGCUGCUGCUGGUCGGGCCGGUCGCCUGCGCCGCCAGCCCUGCGGACGACGGCGCGGGACCAGGGGGCCGAGGACCCCGGGGCCGCGCGCGGGGGGACGCGGGCACAGAUGAGGCGGUGCCGCGCCACGACUCCUCCUACGGCACGUUCGCGGGGGAGUUCUAUGACCUGCGCUACCUGUCCGAGGAAGGUUACCCCUUCCCUACUGCUCCUCCUGUGGACCCGUUUGCCAAAAUCAAAGUGGAGGACUGCGGAAAAACGAAGGGAUGCUUUAGAUACGGCAAACCAGGCUGUAAUGCAGAGACCUGUGACUACUUCCUUAGCUACCGGAUAAUAGGGGCUGAUGUGGAAUUUGAGCUGAGUGCAGACACCGAUGGCUGGGUAGCAGUUGGAUUCUCUUCAGACAGGAAAAUGGGUGGCGAUGACGUCAUGGCCUGCGUCCAUGAUGACAAUGGCAGGGUCCGCAUACAGCACUUCUAUAAUGUAGGCCAGUGGGCAAAGGAGAUUCAGAGAAAUCCGGCCAGAGACGAAGAGGGAGUUUUUGAGAACAAUCGAGUCACCUGCAGAUUUAAGCGCCCUGUGAACGUUCCCAGAGAUGAAACCAUCGUUGACCUGCAUUUGAGUUGGUAUUACCUGUUUGCUUGGGGUCCGGCCAUUCAGGGCUCUAUCACCCGACACGAUAUAGACUCGCCACCAGCUUCGGAGCGCGUUGUCAGUAUUUACAAGUAUGAAGACAUUUUUAUGCCGUCAGCUGCCUAUCAGACCUUCUCCUCUCCGUUUUGUUUGCUUCUCAUUGUUGCCCUGACUUUCUACUUACUGAUGGGAACCCCUUAAUCACAGCUGCAAAGCCAACGAGUUAAAUGAGUUAGAAAGUAUAUAUAUUCUUAAAUAAUAAGCAGUGUAAUUUUAGCUUCUGUUAUUUAAAAAAAAAGACUCAUAUGGUUUCAGCUUUUUGGAAGAAAAAACAAGCUUCUUUUCUAAUCAAAGAGGAUUGUUUAAUAAUGACCCCAUACUUUUGGGAAGAACUUAAAACUUUUCUAAGCACCGUCAGAUGUUUUCUUAUUUGAAUUUCACAACAUCUCUGAGUUGGCUCGAUGAAAAUUAUUAUUGCCGUCUUACUGAAUGGGAUUUGAGACUCAGGAGGGGUGCCUUUCUGUGACCCACAUGCCAUGUGUCCUUGGCCACUUGGUCAGAUGACACGCAGCAAGGUAGACAAAGAGCUAAGUGUAGAAAUCACGUCUCUAAACAACCUUUACUCUUUCAGCUAUAGCUCAGGGGACUCCCUUGGAGUGUUACUAAAGAGAACUUCACUGGAUGACGUAGUUCACCGUCAGCUAAACUUUUAGGCAGAAGAACUUUCAAAUUUCCAUAAAGCUGAAGUGCUUUUGGGUAAUUACACAGCUAAUGGGGAUAAUGGAGGAGCUUACAAUGAUUUGAAAAUGGUUCGUGUUUUUUUUUGAAAUUUCUUCUCAGUUAGUGAGUAGGUACGAUAGAACAUUUUUUAUUGCUGUUGGAAAGGUUAGGAAUAGAGUUGAGUGUUCCUGAAGAUGUAAAAUUAUGUUAAUGAUAGAAAAUAUGGACAUUUUUAGUGGAAUAUGGACUCUUCUGCCACUGUGUUUUAUAAAUGAAGGUAUUCAUCUGUGGUUGUAGCUAAUUCUGUUGUCAGAGUCAGCAUACACUGAGUAUAAUUAAAUAGUAAUAUAAUAGACAAAUCAUCUUUAUAAAAAUUUUAAGCAUUUUGACAAUAAACCAAUUUUGCAGAUUGUGGAAUUUGGAGUAGAAACUUUUCAAAGAUGAGAUUUUUUUUUUAAAUCAGCAAAUGGGAAAUGACCCAUAAAGUGAAUUCACCUAGAUGAUCCAUUCAGACUUGUUCAGGCUUGUAAAUUGGAUUGGCAGUCCGCAUGAUUUAUAAUAAUGCUUUGAUGUAAUGUAUUUCCUAUUUUUUCAAAGGACUCCAAAGGUUCCUUUGUUUUCAAUGUCUGUGUUAACAGCCCGUUUAGAAGAAAAGACUCUUACGGAUGUGGUUCUGCUGCUGAGGCAUUCCCAUUGCAGAGUUUUGGGGUCCCCUUGGCUUGCCCCCCUUGCUUUAAAGCUGGAUCCACCUGUGUGGGUUUUUUGAUUAAACAAACUGGAGACUGUGAUUUCUAUCGCCAUCCUUGGGAUUCAUGUCAAAGGUGUAAAUUCCCCUUUGGGGAGAGCUUUCGAAUUCUUCUGGAACUGAACAGAAAGAAGAAAAACAUGGACAUUCUGCAACAUUGCACAGUUCACCAAGCUCAUCUGAGGAAUGUAGGAGAAAUAACCCUCAUUGCAGGUGGGUUAGCUGACAGGGUAGCUGACGUCAGGUGAGCAAAGGAACUGGGUAGGACUUAAAGCGGAGACAUUUGGUUCAAGUCCUUGGUUCCACCUGAUGACCAUCGCCCCAAAACUAAGCCCUCUGGCCGUGGCUGAGGAUGGUGGUUUAGUAGUGAAGACACUGAGUAUGCGGGCACCCACAUUGUAAAUAAAAGAGCAAAUAUUUUUAUAUUUCAUUCUCUAAUGUGUAUUAUAGUUCAGCUAUACAUAGUUUAAAGUUAAAGAGAGACUUCAGCUAGUCCCUGUAGCUGGCAGGGAAGAAGUAAAUGAAUGGAUUUUUAUUCUGCUUAACAUUUCAGGUCAAGCUACUUCUUUCAUGAAUUGGUCCUACUAUGGUUACCAAUGUUGCACAUUGUGCUCAGAACUUUCAAUGAUAUCUCACUGCCAUUAGCGUAAAAUGCAAGCCACUUUGAUUACCUCCAGUAUCUUCUUUUGUCACCACUCCUCACUUGCUCUGACCCAGCAAGACUGAACUGCUCUCUGCUCUUCAGGCUUGCUUUCUUCCUCCUCCUGUCGCCUGUGCCCCAACAUUCUCCAUCCACUUCCUGUGCUUGCUGAACUCCUGCUCAUCUUUCAGGCCACAGCUUAAAUACUUCUUCCUCCAACCCCCCUGGACCAGGUAGGCUUAGGUCCCUGCCAAACGCUCUUGUAGCACACUGGGCUUCCCUAUCACAGUUACUGUAACUGCUGGCGCCUCCUCCCUGCUAACUCCCUAAAGCAGGAAGUAGUCAUUUCUUGGUAUUCAUCAUUGUCACGCACACUACUAAGUGGUAGGUAUUUGGCAAACAUGUGUUGAAUGAGUAAAUAAACAAAACAGUACUUCUAUGGCAAGCUUCUUUGGGUCAGAAGAUGUGUAUUUCAUAGACAUUGUCAAACUGGCCAACAUUUUUAUACUCUUCCACCUACAGUCAAACCAUAAACCAUCCCUUUAGUAAACACUGAAUUCUGUCUUUUCAAAGAUAAAUGAAAGAUCAUUAGUAGCAAUGCUGUUUUGCCCUGCAAAACAUAGGUGACAUUCUUAGUAAUAACCAUGGCUCAGAAAUAAGAAUUCACAGAGCUGGGAGGCAGGACAGCAUUUAACCAUCAUCUCAGAGAAUCGUCAGUUUACAGACACAUUGGAGUUAAAACUUCGUAGACUUCAAUUUCAUUCAUUCUUAACUAAUAUGAGAUAAUCAACUCCUAUUUUAUCUUUGCAUUCCACUUUCUAACAUUGUACUUGUUGCAGGGAGAGACCCACCUGUGUUUUUGUAGAAUAACAAUGCUAGCUCUAUGUAUAGUGCUGUUCUAAGCACUCUAUGUGGAUUAACACAUUUAAUCCUCACAACAAACGUGGGAAACAGAUUCUAUUAUUAAUCCGAUUUUACAGAUGAAAAAACUGAGGGUAGUCAUUUGGCAUAAAUUGCCAGGGCUGGGAAGGACUUUAGAGACAGUUUAAUCCGAUGCACUUGUUUUACAAAGGGGCAGCUGAGGCCUAGGGAGGUGAUAUGGUUUCCUACACAUUCAUGCCUUCAUGCACUUUCAUUAAAACUUUUAUUAAAUGGAACCUACUAUCCACACUCAAAUUAGCUAGAGUAAUUUACAAUGAAAAGAAGGACUUUGUAUAGUUAUAUUUGGGGAAAGGAGAACAUUUUACUUUCUAUCAGCUUUUUUUUUCUUUAUUUUAUUUUGAUUAUUUUGCCAGUCAUUUUAGAGCUUUUAAUAGUUUUAUUUUAAAUUAAUACACAGAUUGGGUAAGGCUAGUAUUUGUCUUGGUUCAUUUUUAAAAAUGGCUUGCCUAAAACCUGAGUCUUCUAACUUGGACUCCAGUGCACUUUUAUUGCUCCCCAGUAGUCUCAAAGAUAAAUUGGUAAACACCAUUUCAGACAAAAUACGGGAGCCCUGUUUAAUUAAGUUAGCUUUUGUCAUUAAGGAAAUCCCCAGUGGUUUUCACUACUAUUUCUAUAGUUAACUUUACUCUCUAUACAUAGGAUUUUGUGCCUAAAAGAUAUUACCACUGAGGCUGUGUAUCAUUCUUAGCUCUAGCCUAGGGGGUCAGCAAACUUUUUCUAAAGGGGCAAGGUGGUAAAACUUUUAGGUUUUUUGGUCUCUGUUUCCAACUGUUCAACUCUGUCAUAGACCAUUCAGUAAACCAACGAGCGUGGCUGUGUUCCCAUAAGCCUUAGCCAGCACUGAAAUUGGAACUUCACCUAAUUUUUACAUGUCAUAAAUGUUCUUUAGAUUAAAAAAAAACACAUUUUUAAAGUGGAAACACCCUUCUCAGCUUGCAGGCCACACAAACAUGGGCUGCAGGUUCCCCUGGCUCUCAGCUGAGAGACACACCCAUGUGUCACUAUUGAUUGUAAAGUACACACUGCCGGCAACGUGUUGCUGGUUGAUUGUAAAAAUAUUGAAAUUAGUGAGCAAUUGGCUUAUAAAGUACAGUUGACUAAUUGUUAUCGUGAUAAAAGCAUUCCCAGGCACUUCCAUUCUAACGGGUUUUCUGGAGUUGAUGCGAAAGUGUUGGCUGUUAAGUCAGGGCUGGGUAAGCAGCAGCAUUAUUUUAUCUAAGCUGCGGUAGUCACGGGUGACUUUUACUGAUGCAUUGCUCUUCAUAGUGGGGAUUACCAUGUUUCAUUUCUUUUCCUGUAGACAUUUAAACAAAUUUUAAUCAAAAUCUGCUAUUGCUACCGGAAUGUUUUACACAUGUGACAAUGUCAUCUACCUUGUGUGACAUAAUGGAAAAAUGUUAGAGAUCCACUGAAAUAGAGCAAAUGCUGAGAUGCGUAUACUUUGUUGUAUAUAAUUGUAUUGUAUGCCUUUGUUCUCUAAGCAGAAUUGGUUAUGUUUAGUGAACAGUUUGCUUAUUCUUGGUGUAUAUAUAUAUAUAUUUGUACAUACAUGAUGAGGUCUGUGUGUGUUUACACAUAAAUGCCUAAAGGUGUGUUUACACAUGUAUACAUACCAUGACUAUCUGAAGGUCCUUGCUGAGAUUGUUUCUGUUUCUGAUCUCUUGAUGACUUUAUAGCCCAAGGAUAAAACAUUGUGUGUAUACAGGCAAAAUGACCCUGGAGUUUCUAGUGACUCAGUUUAUAGAAAGGAUUCCUAGGUCUUUUAUUAAGCCUUGCCUCCUCCAUUCAACAUUAUGUGAAUUCUUAAGAACAUUUAAGGUAUCACUGUUGAGUAUAGCUUUUCUAUACUGUUAGUUAAGAAACUAAGACUCGUGUUAAUGGAGUACACAGCAUGUUGAUGCAACCCAUACUUGGUUUGUAUUUAAUUAGAUUCUUUCUUUAGCUAUUCAGUUGUUUAGUUUCAGGUUGAAGUUCUUUGUUUUUCUAUUUAAUAGAUGACUUAAGUAUAAGUUACUUUUCAUGAAAAUAGUGGCUACGCUAAUGUGAUUUUAAGUAUGGCUGAAAAACUUAAGUGAAUCAUUUAUCUCUGGAAUUUUUCAUUUAAAAAUAUCCUGAUAUUUGACCAAUGUUUUCAGUCCCCCCCCACCCCCACCCCAGAUGUUUGCUAUUAGGCAAGUAGCUGUUCCAUUCCAUUCUUUUGGAGAGUAAGCGAUUCUCCCGGGUUGCGGGGUGUUGCAGGGGUUGUGGCAUUUGCGCAGGUCACUGGAGUGGGUACCAUUUCAUCACACAGAAUGUCCUGGCCACCUGGAAGAGUAAAUGCAGCUUCUCCACAUGCCUUAUUCCCACAGCUGCGCUGAUAUGCUGCAACAAUCUGGCUCCAGGAGUAAGAAUAUACUUUUUUGAGAUUGUCUAUAAAAUACUAUUUUGUAAAAAUGAUGCCUUUAAAUAGACAUUGAUGGGUUAUAUUUGUUUUAUAAUAAUUAUGUACCUAAUGUUCAACUGUGAUUGAUUUUGAGAUUUAUGUGUAUUUAUAAGCCUGUCCCAUGUGAAUUUUUACUCUAAGAUGUGUGGUACCUUACUAAUAAAGACAAGGAUUUCUAUUUAUGUAAAGUAGCAAUAUUCCUAAAUGCUACCUAAAUGAUUGUACUGUCGAUUUGCCAUCACGAAUACUUUUAUCCUUAGAGGAUUAUAUCACAGUUAGACUAUAUUAACUAGAUUUAAACUUUAAAAUAUAAAUUGUCAACAUGGUUUGAAAUUCAUCCUGUUAAUGUAAU